AUGGCAUCUCGUCUUUUCACCGUCUUUGCCACGGCAUCUGCUCUCUUCGGAGCUGUGUUUGCUGAUUUGCAAGUCACCGCGCCCAGUUCCGAUAUCUGGUGGGUUGCACAGUCGACAAAUGUCAUCGCAUGGACCUGCAAUGACUCCCCGUAUUCCGAAUUUACCAUUCUGAUCACGAACUCGGACUCGAGCAUUCUUACUUCCGCUUUAGCUAUCGUGGCUAUCGAGCAGAAUUAUGAUUGCUCAAAGAUCCUGACUCCAGAACAAGUCAACAUGCCCGCUGCUACUGGAUACACUCUCCAGCUUGCGAAUCCUCUUAACAGCAGUCAAGUAUACGCUGCGUCGGACUUAUUCGAAAUCAAGGCUCUGGGAUCUGCAUACCCAUCUUCUUCUGCAGCUGUCGAAAGCGCUACCGGUUCCCUCGCCUCUGCCUCUGCCUCUGCGGCUUCUGCUUCCGCUUCUGCGUCUGCUUCAGGCAACGCCGGAUCCGCCUUGAAGACGUCCUUUGGAUUUGGCUUGGGUGCCAUUGGUGCCAUUCUUGGCUUGGUGACAGUAUAG